UCUGUUGGGUUUUGCAGACGAGUAACUAUUAAACCAUGUCAACAAGGGCGUACCGCAGAGCACUAGCGGAGAAACAAGGCGAUGGUCCAAGUGAUGUUAGCAAAUCAGACAACCAAGAUGCGAAUGCCGAAUCAUCGGGAGGAGAAAAUUGUGAUCUAAUCGCAAAGCCUAUUUCGAAGUUUUCGGCUGAUAUUCUUGAUGAUUAUUUUGGCGGCGAAGACAGUGAACAAGAGGAACAGCAUGAACCAAAAGAAAUCGAGAAAGUCUGCGAGUCCAAAAAUAGGCCUGAAGCAGCAGUAGUUAAAAAGAAGCGGAAGAAAAAAAAGAAGAACAAGAGCGGGUCUGGCGUUCUAAACGGAGACACAAAGAAGGAGACUGAGCUAGACACGGACGAAGAACUUGAAAAGAUAAUCAAAGAAAAAGAGCAACAGGCUGUAUUGAAUUCAGAUUUCUCCGAUGAAACCAAAACAAGUUUGCUGGAUGAUGCGAGACAUUUGGGAACUACUACUCAAGCUCAAUCAUGCCUGUCAAUUGAUGCUCGAUUUCUAUUGGCCGAAAACGAAAUGGUCAGGAUGUUCGGCUCUGACGUGUUCAGAAAUAUGAACAAGCAAAAAAGAUCUCACAAACAUCCUCAGAGCCGAAACACUUUCAAAUUAGCCAAAUACCCUCCAAACUCACCCACAAUUCCAAAGGUGGGUAUAUCAAUGACCAUGUUGAAGCAUGAGGCCGAUAGAUACAUUUUCAAAUUCGAGCACUCGAAGGAGUACCAGAAAGCACAAAUUGCUUUCUGGAGUGCAACACAUGGUAUGCAACACGAGGGCCUGAUGCGAUUGAUGCAGCAAAACUGGUUCCACCUGGACACUUUGAUACAGGCCAGCAAUCUGUUUCGGAUGAAUGAUGAUAGUCAGAAUGCGGCAACUCUGAUUGAAAGAGCUUUGUGCAUAUCGGAGUCAGCUUUCCAUCCCAUGUUCUCGUUGACUUCUGGAAAAUGCAGACUUCCGUACAAGUAUCCUGAAAACAGAAGUCUAUACAUGGCCAUGUUUCACCAGAUCCACUUUCUAACCAAAAAGGGAUGUCACAGAACGUCUCUGGAGUUCUGCAAACUUAUUCUCAGUUUAUCCCCUGACGAUGACCCUUUGUCAAUUCUUUUUCUUAUAGACAUAUGUGCUAUCAUGUCUAAACAGUACAAGUGGCUGAUCAAUUUCUACAAAGUUUGGAACCCUCUGAAAAAUCUGCACCAAUUGCCUAAUUUUGCAUACUCGGUACCACUUGCUGAGUUUCUGCUCCAUGAUAGUGAAAACUCAAAAUACGAUGAAAAACAAUUGGAUAAGAAGUUACAAGAGGCUCUCAUAGCGUUUCCCUCAGUUUUACCAGAAUUGUUGAAUUUGUGUAAUAUUGACGCUGACGCAAAAACGGAAAGAAAUAGAUACUUCGGAAUGUCAGCUGACACUAAUCAGUUGACAAUAGUGACUCAAAUGUGCAGGUUAUAUGCUCAUAGAAUAUUUCAUGUGUGGAAGCAACCCGAAGUCAUGAAGUGGCUAGAAAGAUGUACAAAGGUAGCAAUAGAACGGGUAAAAUCAAAAGACUCUAUGGUCGCGAAAUCACAAAAUAACAGAAAGUCACUGUACAAGGGAACCCCGCGUAAUGUAUACAGACAUUUUAUACUCUCAGAUGUGAAAGAGGUGCCCGCAAAUUUACCAGUUGAGCUUCAAUCAGCGCCUUUGUAUUCUUAUGAUCCUCUGCCACCGCCGGAUACUGAGACCAGUUACGAACGACCUCCAUCGCCCACGAGCAGAUCCAGGUACCCUAUUGGCAAUAACCUUCUGUCGACUUUUUUGGAAGCGUUGAUGCCACUUUAUGGCGUAGAACAAGAAGCUCUGAAUCAGGCUGGGGUCCGAGGUAUUCAGAUGGAGAACCCUAUCGAGGUUUUAGGUGAGGGUAUACAGCAAGUACCUGGCGACAAUAUUGCUGGAGGACCGUUAGCCGAUGUCCAUCAACUCGAAAAUAAUGAUGCAAAUGGGGGAAAUUUAGGCGGUCAAGGAGCUGUAGCUAAUCGUGAAAAUCUUUUAGCCAUGUUGAGAAACUGGAUGCAAGUUCGAAACGAUGCACCAUUUGACCUUGAAGAGCGGGCUAAUAAUGCUGAAAAUGAUGAAGAGGAAAGUUCUGAAGGCGCUAUUGGCGGUCUUGUUGAAGAUAUGACCCAAAUGCAAAUGGAUGAAAACCUAGCACUAGCACUGGCCGCUCAAAGUGAAGAUGAUGAUGAAACGGGAAAUAAUUGACUUAAU